GCCGCGAGUAGAACUAAGAACAAGAAUACAAACAAGUCAACAAUGGGCGGAAAGAUCAGGGAAAGCACAAGCCACCUUUCCUUCCCGUCGACCCCAUGAUUAGAAUUUGCCAUCUCUCCUUCCCCCACCUCCAAAAGAAAAUUAUUUUCCCCAAUUCCAUUUUCCACACCCAUAUCUCACUUUUACCAUUCUUUCCCUCUCUCUCUCAUCUUUCUAUCUGGGUCAGUCCAUGGAGCUCCUAAACCCGCUUCUUCCUCCUCAUAAUCAUCAUCACGACCUCACUCCACGACCUAUUCCCUCCGGUUCGUCCUUCCCGUCGCCGGAAUCCCGGCUUGGGUUCGGCCGGACGAUGUCCACCCAGUUAUCUGAUAUCGCGGAAGAAGUCACCCUUGGCACCAGUUCUGAUACUACUUGCUCCCCAAAGGUUUAUGUGGCGGUGGGCAAAUCCGUGGAGAAAUCGGCUUCUGUGAUUCAAUGGAGCUUCAAACACUUCACCGGCCACCAAAUUUGUCUGCUUCACGUCCACCAGCCCUCUCCUCUCAUUCCGACUCUCUGUACAGACUUCCCUCCACAUUUUGCUCUAUUACGUUUCCUUUCGAUGGGUUGGGUAGAUUAAUAUGUGUGAUUGCAGUGGGAAGAUUGCCAGCACAUGGAGCGAAUCCUGAAGUAGUGUUGGCGCAUAGAAGGGAGGAGAAGCGGCUGAUGAGGCAGCUUUUGGAGCGCUACCUGGCUAUUUUCCGUCGAGCAAAGGUUGAAGCAAGUUACAUUUAUGUUGAAUGUGAACAAGUUCAAAAGGGAAUUUUAGACUUGGUGAACCGGGAAGGCGUCCAAAAGCUUGUUAUGGGGGCUGUACCUGAGAAUUGGCUGAGGGUUAAGAAGGGCUCGACAAAGGUGGAUUAUGUAGCCAAAGAAGCUCCCAUUUGCUGUCAAAUUUGGUUUAUCAACAAAGGGAACCUUGUCUGGACGAGAGAAGCUUCGGAAGGGCCACCCCGUUUUCAGAUACCAGAGCAUGCAAAUGCUGGAAUUUCUGUGGAUCCGAGGUCUAGAUCACUUCGAUUGAGUACUAAUAAACCACCUACCAAUCCAAGAUUUAAGCGUUCUUUUUCUGGUAGUGGAAUAACAUGUGCCAGAGUCAAUAACUGGGUCCAGAGUGAUUGUCCUAAAGUACCAAUUGCAUCUACUUCUAUCAACAGAGGCUUGCCGCAUUCUCAGGCCCUUCAUUUUUCAUUCAGUCCGGCAACAAGUGGUAGUUCCGAGUCGGGGUCUGCUUCUGCUGAAACAAGGGUAUCUUCUGAUUAUGAUUCAAAGCUUGACUGGGAAAGCUUAUGUUGUCAGCUUGAGGAAAUAAACAUAGUAGCAGAACUAUCAAAGAGCACAGCAUCAGAGGAGUUGCUGAAGUGCAAAAGAUUGGAACAUGAAGCUCUUCAAGCAGUUGGCGAGGUCAAAAUCUUUCAAUCUGCACUUGCACAUGAAAUGGAACUUAGAAGAGAAGCCGAAGAUGCACUCAGGAGAACACGCGAGGAACAAGAAAAAGUCUUGGAAGAGAGACGACAACUCACUAGAGAGCUCCAAAGAACAAUGAGAAAUGUUGCCCUCCUCGACAGUUGUACACAUGAGGCGAAUAUUAGGCGUGAUGAAGCUGUCACAGAAUUGAGACUCGUUCAAACAUCUCUUGCUUCCUUGCUUCAGGAAAAGCAGAGAAUCCGGCGGCAAAAGAUGGAAGCUUCGCAUUGGCUUGAGCGAUGGAGAAGCCAUGGCCAGCCUGGGACGGCUACAAGAUGCAAUGGUUUUCUUGGCUAUGUCGAAGAGUUGCCUGACUUGGCAGAAUUUCCAUUAACUGAUCUGCAAACUGCAACAUGUGAUUUCUCUGAAAGCUUCAAACUUGGUGGAGGAGCAUAUGGUUGUGUUUACAAGGGUGAAAUGCUGGGCAGAACUGUUGCUAUAAAGAAACUAUGUUCACAAAACAUGCAAGGCCAAUCUGAGUUUCAUAAAGAGGUUGAAAUUCUUGGAAAACUACAACAUCCUCAUCUUGUGACUUUACUUGGGGCAUGCUCAGAAGCAUGGUGUCUGAUAUAUGAAUAUCUGCCAAAUGGGAGUAUCCAGGACCACCUCAUCAGGAAUAGUAACAACAACUCAUCCUUGACAUGGGCGAUACGAACCAGGAUGAUAGCUGAAAUUGCAAGUGCCCUCUCUUUCUUGCACUCUGCCAAACCAGAAAAGAUUGUCCAUGGGGAUCUGAGACCUCAGAACAUCUUGCUUGAUUCUAAGCUCAGUUGUAAGAUAUGUGAGUUCGGCAUCUGCAGGCUAGCAUCAGAGGACGACCUCUACAUCCCAAGUUUUCGAGGAAGAAGUACUGAGCCAAAGGGUGCUUUCCCUUACAUGGAUCCUGAGUUCCAGAGGGUCGGGGUUCUGACACCCAAAUCCGAUAUUUACUCCUUCGGUGUAAUCAUUCUGCAGCUCCUCACAGGGAGGCCUCCGGUUGGAUUGGUUAGUGAGAUGCGACGGAUGCUGUCAUGUGGGGAACUGUCCUCCAUUUUGGAUCCUUCUGCUGGAGAAUGGCCGAUGUUUGUGGCAAAACGUCUGGCCGAAUUGGCACUGCAGUUCUGUGAAUUGAACAGUGGAAACAGACCUGAGUUGUCACCUGCUCUUGUGAGGGAAUUGGAACAGCUUCAUGUCUCGGAGGAGCGGCCAGUGCCAUCUUUUUUCUUGUGCCCCAUUCUUCAGGAAAUAAUGCAUGAUCCUCAUAUUGCAGCUGAUGGAUUCACAUACGAGAGUGAAGCCAUCCGUGAAUGGUUACGAAAUGGGCACGAAACAUCUCCAAUGACCAAUCUGAAAUUGAGUCAUCUUAAUCUAACUCCUAAUCAUGCUCUCCGUCUUGCAAUCCACGAAUGGCUCUGCAGAUCUUAAAUCUGCCUUUUUUUAUUUUACUUGUAAUCUAACAUUUCUCUUGUAAUAUAACCAGGCUUCCAUUAGAUAAGUAGCUACAGAAGUCAUGGUCACUUCACAUUGUAAAUAUGGUGAUGCACAUACAGAAGUCCUUCCCAUGGCUUUGGUCUUCUAUCAUAUAAAAGGAUUGCACAUUGUAUGUGUCUAUCUUGUAUGAUCAUGUAAAAGGGUUCGAAAGCUACCCUUUUUCUCUAUUUGGAAUCACAAGCCAUUAUAGCUCAAUCAUUUGACAUUCUGGUACAGAAUUCGACACACAUGUAGCAGUUCUUGAGAGUGUUGCUAGUAUUGGGAGACGGAAAGCAAUCAAUCCACUGAAGGUUUCUUCAAGCCUUGUAAUCCUCACCCACAUUUACUAAAAGAAGCACAAAAAACAGUAAAGAAACUCCCUUUCCCUCUGCCGAAAGUCGCCAGGAGAAUUUUGCAGACGAAGUGUUUGCUUGCUUUAGUUUUCGUUCUUAGCAUCCUUGCAGGAUUCCAUCUCUUGCUGAAAGGAGAGAAGCAGCAGCUGUUUGAUACUCAGUAUUACGAUUGCUGAAAGGAUGAUCUUCUUCUGCAUCUACUGGAACCCUGGCUACUUCCUCUCUCCGGCUGUCCAAAAGCGGAUUAACUUCACCAAUGUAGUCGUCCCACGCUUCAUCCACUUCUUCUUCAUCAGGAGCCAUAUUCUCCUUGAAGCUUCUUGCUUCAAGUUUCUUACCAGUGGGGUUGAGGUUCCUCUGCCCCCCAACUCUGUCAUUCUCAAAGUUGACAUCUUUAUUCAUCUUAUUUUGGAUCAAACUUUCUCGGGUUUCACAUGUAAUCUGAUUUUCCUCGGAAUCGUGAUCGUUGUACUGAGAAUGGCUUCUCCCAUAUGAAGAUUGUUGGAGAACGCCAUGUUUGGAAGAAGAAGACAACGUUGAUCUCUGGGAGAAGCUUCCGAAUCCUUGGAUCCCUCUGGUUAGCUUUCUGGAUCUUUGUCUCUCCUCCUUGAGGAAAAUUUCACUCUCUAGCAGCUUCAGAAUCCUGUCCGAUUUCUUCCUCACCGUCAGCCCCCAAUUGAAGCUGAAACCAACAAAAUUCAUCAAGUAAUUGGGGAAGAAAAAGAAGAAAAAAAAGAAUGCAAACUGAUGAUCGAGCGGGAGAGAGACAGACCCUUUCUCGUCAAUGUACUGAAAGCUUUGGGUGUCCUUGAUUGCAUUUCUGUCUUCCUGAAACUCCCUGGCCACGCUCUCAGGUCCAUGAGUCAGCAAAUGUUCCAGCAGAAUUAGGGAGUGGUAGCUCGCUCUCCAGUUCUUUCUCUCAAAUCUGGACAAUCUUUUAUGGAGAAUCUCCACGAUUCUCCAGUAAUCAUCGAGCUCAAAAGCAGCCCUGGAGAUGGAUCCCAGUGUACGAGUGUCUGGAGCCCAUGGAUUCCCACUAGUAGCAUCUUCAGUCAACCUUGAGCAGGAGUGACGUCGGUGAGAGCCAAUCGAGCGGUCUUGAUCUUCUCCCUGAAGAAGAAAGAAGCCUGCUUUUUGAAUUCCAGGAAGGAAGAAGCACCACCAGGCGGCGCCGCCGCCGCUCCGGUGGUGGAGAUGCCGGAGCUGCUGUUGGAUUUGCUCAGGAUCGACAUGAUUGAUGAUACAACCGACGAGGAGAAAACAAGAAAAAAAGUCUGGUCUCAACGGGGAAAACAGAGGAAGGAAAACUUCAAAUCCAAUGAAGGAAAUGGUCGUGUGUCGGGAAGCCCACGUUAGCAUAAAUUUGAAUAGAGAAGAGGAAGAGAACAAACUCAUCCACGAGACGAACGAGUCAUGCCAUGAAAGAGAGAGAGA